AUGUCAGCUCAAGAUUCCGACGAAGCUUCAUUUUCUGAUGGAACUCUUCUUGAUAAGAUGAUGGAGGAAACCAAAAGAUAUAUUGAAGAUUAUCAAAAGGAAUUUGGAACAUCUUAUGAAGGUACAGACGAUUUUCCAAUGCCAAAAUGGUUUGCAAACCAAAAAUUAUAUCAAGACUUAUUAUCGACAUACGAAGAAUCAAUGAGAUAUCUGAAAAAGAAAGAGAAAGAACUCAAAGAGCAAAUCGAUUUAUUAACGAAUAAUCCGGACGGCAGCGGAAACGAUCUGUCAGAACAAAUUCGUGUACUAAUGAAGAAAAAGAAUGAUUUACUUGCACAAAAUAGAAAUGCAAAAGAAGGAAAAGAAAAUCAAGAAAAAAGGAGAAGCUUCGAUUCAAAUCGUCUAAGACAGCGUGAAGCUGAAUUAAGAGAUAUUCAAUCAAAAAUCGAAGACCUUGAAGCACAAAAGAAAUCUUUAGAAACAGAAUUAUUAUCAUAUGCAGAAGAAGUUGAAAAAGUUUAUCAAGAAACUCAUCAAGUUCAAGCAUUACUUAAGAAAGCAACUCGUGAUGUUGAGCAAUAUCGACGAGAUUUAGCAGAACAUCAAAAUUCUGUUAAUGAUUGCUUAAAACAGCGUGAAGAACUUUCAAAGAAGAAUGAAUCUCUUUCUAAGCGAGUUGCAGAACUUGAACCUGAAAGAGUCGAAGGUGAAUUAAAGAUCCAAAAAUUACAAGAAUUACUUGCUGACCAUGAUCAAAUGGUUGCAGCGUACGAUCUUGCUCAGAAACAGCUUGCUCGCGAAGAAGAGAUAGAAAAAUCAGCAAUUGCAAAGAUGAAAGAAGCAAUUGAUGAUGCUGAUGAAUACAAAUCAGAAGCAAAUUGUCUAAAACGUGAAGCAGCUUCAAUGAAAGAAGAAGUUACAAGAUCUAGACAGAAUUUAGCUUCAACUCUUGCUGCUUUGAAGGAUGGAGCUCGUAGAAAAAUUAAUGCAAUUAAUUUCAAUUACGAAGCUAAGAUAGAAGAUGCGGAUAAACAACUCACAAAAUUAUUAGAAGAGAAUGCACAAUUAUCUGCUUCAAUAGAAACAUUAAGAAGACAAUUUACAUUUAUAGAAUCACAAAAUGCAGUUUUAAGAGCAGAUGAUGGACGUGGAAAGACAGCAUUUGAAGAAUUUAGUCGUGGGGCAAAGACACAAUUAGAAGUUCUUAAUACACAAUUGGCUGAUUUAACACGUGAAUCACAGAGACUUAAAGAUGAAGAAAAUCGUCAAAAACAAAAGUUAUCUCAAGCAGAAAGUGAUGCAGAAAAGUCAAACUCCACAGCACGAAAGAAUGUAGAAAAACUAGAAGCAGAUCUUGCACAAGUCAAAGCUUCUCUUGGCGAAGCAAUGGCUGCAAGGGCUGCUUUAUUAACUGAAAACAGCAGAUUACAAGCAGAAUUAUCAAAUGUAACUGUUGAAUCAAAGAGAAAUAUCGAACUAAAAGUUUCCGAAAAAGAUACAGAACUUCAUAUAUUAUCUUCUAAGCUUGAUCAAGUCAGACGCUCACAUCUUGAGAAGAUGAGGCAAUUACAGACAUUAUUCCUCCAGAACAAGCAAUUCGCUGAACAAUGGAAGGCAGCUGCUGAAAAUGCUGCCAAAGAGAAUGAAGAUCAAUUGCAAGAAAAAGAAGAAAUGGUUGUUAAAGCACAACAACAAGUCGGCGCUCUCAGCCAAGAAGUCCAAAGAAUUGAAGCUGAAAACCAGCAAACACAGAUGAUACUUGCAAAGAAACAGCAAGAGGUAAUUGCAUUGAGGAAUGAAUUAGAACAAGCAGAACAAAGAGAGGCCAAACAAAAGGCUCAGCUUUCUGCUCUUGCGGAACAACAACUCCAGUUCGCAUCUCAAAGAGAACAGAUGCAAAACGAAAUUGAUGAAAAGAAGACAACAUUAAGACGUCUUCAGAGAGAAUAUUCCGCUCUAUCGAAGCUGAAAAAGAAGUAA